AUGGUCCUCCAAGACCUCGGCCGGCGCAUCAAUGCGGCCGUCACAGACCUCACGCGGUCCCCUAACCUGGAUGAAAAGCAAUUCGACUCCAUGCUCAAAGAGAUCUCCAACGCCCUCGUCGAAGCCGACGUAAACAUCAAACUAGUCGCCACGCUCCGCACCUCAAUAAAGCGAACCGUAAACUUCAAAGACCUCCCCCCGAGCACCAACAAGAAGCGGCUGAUCCAAAAAGCCGUCUAUGACGAGCUCGUCAAGCUCGUCGACCCGCACGCUGAGCCCUUCAAGCCGCGCAAGGGCAAGCCCAACGUCAUCAUGUUCGUCGGCCUGCAGGGCAGCGGCAAAACAACAUCCUGCACGAAGCUGGCGCGCUGGUACCAGGCGCGGGGCUUCAAGGCGUGCUUAGUGUGCGCCGACACGUUCCGCGCAGGCGCCUUCGACCAGCUGAAACAGAAUGCCACGAAGGCGAAGAUACCGUACUACGGCAGCCUAACGCAGACGGACCCCGUAAUCGUGGCGCGGGAAGGCGUAGAAAAGUUCAAAAAAGAGCGCUUUGACCUCAUCAUCGUCGACACCUCAGGUCGGCACCAGCAAGAGAAAGAACUCUUCGCCGAAAUGUCACAGAUCCAGGCCGCCGUGACACCGGAUCAAACGAUUAUGGUGCUCGACGCGACGAUCGGACAGGCCGCGGAGGCCCAAUCUCGCGCCUUCAAAGACACAGCCGACUUCGGCGCCAUCAUCAUCACGAAGACGGAUGGCGCAGCCGCAGGAGGCGGCGCGAUCUCGGCUGUCGCAGCGACGCACACGCCGAUCGUGUUUAUCGGCACUGGUGAGCACCUUCUCGAUCUCGACCGCUUCGACCCGCGCGCCUUUGUCUCGAAGCUGCUAGGUAUGGGCGACAUGGCGGGGCUAGUCGAGCACGUGCAGAGUCUGAAGCUCGACCAGAAGGACACGCUGAAGCACAUCGUGGAGGGCGUCUUCACGGUGCGCGAUCUGCGGGACCAGCUCUCCAAUGUUAUGAAAAUGGGGCCGUUGUCCAAGAUGGCGGGGAUGAUUCCGGGGCUUGGCGCUAUGAUGGGGAAUAUGGACGACGAGGAGGGCAGCCUCAAACUGCGGAGGAUGAUCUAUAUUUGCGACAGCAUGACGCUCAAGGAGCUUGACUCGGACGGUCGCAUUUUUGUCGAGCAGCCUGCCCGCAUGACGCGUGUGGCGUACGGCAGCGGCACCUCCGUCCGCGAGGUCGAGGAGCUGCUCACGCAGCACAAGAUGAUGGCGGGUGUGGCCAAGAAGAUGAAGGGCGGCAUGGCGAACAUGCAGCGCGCGCAGGCGGCCAUGGGGGGUGGAAACAAGGCGCAGCAGAUGGCAGCCGCGCAGAAGAGGUUGCAGAGUAUGGGCGGUGCGGGCGCGGCGGGUGGGCCGGGAGGCAUGGACAUGGCGAAGAUCAUGCAGAUGAUGGGAGGCGGCGGAGGUGGUGGUGGGAUGCCGAAUCUGGGGGGAAUGGAUAUGGCGAGUAUGAUGAAGAUGAUGGGGGGUAUGGGCGGAAUGGGCGGUGCUGGAGCGGGACGAGGGAGAAGGUGA